AUGCAGCAGAACCUACCCACCCCGAAAUCGACGGCCGAACGCAGCUCGCCUUCGCGCGCCAUACGUUCGUCCUCCUCGAUAGAACACCUCCGGGCCGCCUCCCUAAUAAAAUCCCCGGCGCACCGUGUCAACGCCGAGCCCAUCACCCCCGCCUCAGGCAACUUCGGGAGCACGCCGAGGGCCGUCUCGCCGGUCCAACGCACGGGCAAAAGCUACGCAGCUGUGGUGACGAAGGUACCCUCGCCCCCGCCUCAGCCUCCGACUGACGCAAUUGCCACCCACGCGGAUGGCCCCGCCCAGACGGUGCCCGCCGUCGAACCCACCGUCGUCCCCGCCUGCUCAGCCACGACGCUAGCGGCAAGUGCCCAACUGACCCCAGUUGUCGUUAAAACGGAGGAAGUCGACGCCUCCCUGACCACGAACCACCCCGAGGAUGAAGGAUGGAUCCUCGCGACCAAAACAAUCAAGGCUACCAGGCAACGCGGCAAAAAGGCCAACAACCUCGGCCGCAUGCAGCCCGCGGGGCAAGACGACGAUACCGCCUCUCUCCGGGGGCCGUCAAACGUUGCACUCCCGGCCCUGGGACCGGCUACCCAGCGCGCCGCCAGCGACACCCGUAAGCGUCGCAGAGUGUCCUCGGACACCGGAGGUAACACCGCCGACGCUGGAACGACGACGCGAGUCCAAGCAUCGCCGCCUCCUCCUCCCGCCAUUGCUCACCGGGACGAGCCAAUCGAAGUCUCCUCAUCCCCAGAUAGCGCCAUCGACAACGACCCACCUGCGCUCACGACGUCUGACCUGGAACCUGAAGACGUCGAGAUGCGAGGGCCCGAGGAGCCAAGUCCAACAGCAGCCUGCGAUGUGCACCACGCACAAUCGCCCGCGAUCUCUCGCCAAACAUACGGAACCCCGCUCAUGGUGCGGCGAUACCUGGAACAGCAAUCCUCUCGGUUCCAUAACAUGCCACCUGCCGCAAGGGAUGCGUACAACGAGGGAGACAUUGAAGACCUCUACACUCCCGCGGGCUCCCCGGCGCCUCGCCCCGAACGCGAUCCUCCCCCACACCUGGCUCGUCGUCCUACUUCCUCCGCGCCACUCCCUCACGCGGCGCCGCCAGCGGCAAACCGCGGAGCGGCCCCCGCCAACGCUCCCGUUGUAGACGGACGCGACGACGUACUCUGGGCACAGGCCGACGGCCCCCCCAUCGCUGCGCACGCUGCCCUCCCACCCGCUCCUCCCCUUCCCAUGCCUCAGCUGCCAGCCCACCCUCCGGCCUUUGCGCACCCCCAUCCGGUCCACUUCGCUCCCGGCCCCUUCCCCGUUGCACUCGCGGGACCAGCGCAACCCAUCGCGCAAGCACACGGCCUCCCGCCCCCGUCCGCAAUGACGCGCGCUCCGAAGGACGGCUGGCUCGCGAUCCAGGGCGACUUCGUCAUGUGGCCGCUGAAGAACGUCAAACGGUCGCAAGCAGCAGAGUGGUCCGCCGAUCCGGACAGCUACGUCCUCCUCCAUUUCCCAGGGCAGAGCGCCAGCGACAAGCGCGGACACCGCACCCGCCUCCGCAUCGCCGACACGAUCCUGAAGAAGUGGCUCGGCACGCUCAAGGCGAAAAUCACUCAGCCGCUCCCCGAGGUCCCUUCCUCGAAGCCCAACUCGGACCCCGUCUACUUCCGUGUCGGCAACAUUACGCCCCCGGAACGUGCCCGCCUCAUCGACAACCCUUGGGCGUCCACCGUUGACGGGACAGUCGGCAUCGUCCCACCUCCACAACACCCCCCCACCUUCAUGGGUGCCUGGCUGAAUCCUGAGCGCCUUGGAGAAACGGAGGACGAGGUUACCGCCGGUUUCGUCGAGGGAUUCCUCGAGGAGGACAUUGACGAGAUGACCCGCUCAAUGCUGGUAACCGAGAUCCGAGACGACGGACGCUGGGGCCAUCUAACGUUCGAAGAGGCGCACAACGCCAUCAUCUCCUCCAUCUGGACCCGCCAGAUCACCGUCCACGAGGACCGCGACGACCCCGACGGCGAGCCCGUCGUGCUCCUCUACGUCGAGUCGCCGACGUCCGAUGAAGCUGAGUGGAAGAAGUUUCGCAACCGCGUUCGCGCUCACGCUUUCGGCAACCUCCUUGCGGGCCCACCGGAACUCGUCACCAAGGCGUACUAUUGUAUGUACUGCCACAGUAUCGACCACCCCACUGACGCGUGCUCCCUCCCUAACACACCGGGCUGGCACGGCCCGUCGUUAAAGGAAGCCAGGGAGGCCCUGGCGGAGGAACGUCGCAGCCGCGAGGCCGAGCAGCGCGCCCAAGGCAACAACGGCGGUGGCCGAGGUGGUCGUGGUGGUCGCGACGGCCGCGCGCGCGGAUCCAACAACCGAGGCCGCCGAACUGGAGCCGGAGGUGGACGCUCGUCGUACCAUAACACCUAG